AGUCUCGGGAGAGGGCGGAUCCGCAGGUCACACGCACGAGACACACCCCCUUCGGAAGGAACACGUCACACGCACCAAUCUGUUGACAGCUGGGAGAGGGGGGUGUUGGACAUGUGACACCAACUGGGGACAAUCGACCCAUCUCGGCUCCUCCCACUUCACCGGCCAUGACGUGACGUCACGGCAGCAAUCUGCCCCUCAAUACACGCCGGCUUUUCCCAUUCAGCAACUGUCACCGCCGCGGCCAUGGCCUGGGAGUACGUGAGCCCCGAGCAGCUGGCCGGCUUCGAUAAGUACAAGUACAGCGCUGUGGAUACAAACCCACUGUCACUCUAUGUCAUGCACCCCUUCUGGAACUCAAUAGUGCGGUUCGUUCCUACAUGGCUGGCACCAAAUCUCAUUACAUUCAGUGGUUUCCUGCUUUUGGUUUUCACCUUUGUCAUGAUGGCAUUUUUUGAUCCAGAAUUCUAUGCCUCAGGUCCAGGUCAGGAGCGUGUGCCCAGCUGGGUGUGGAUAGUCGCGGGUUUGCUGAACUUCACAGCUUAUACUCUAGAUGGAGUGGAUGGGAAACAAGCUCGGAGGACCAACUCCAGUACACCACUGGGGGAGCUGUUUGAUCACGGACUGGACAGCUGGGCCUGUGUGUUCUUUGUGGUGACCGUCUACUCCAUAUUUGGGCGCGGGGAGACGGGGGUCAGUGUCCUGGUGCUUUACCUGUUGCUCUGGGUGGUUCUGUUCUCCUUCAUCCUCUCACACUGGGAGAAAUACAACACGGGGAUUCUCUUUCUUCCCUGGGGCUACGACUUGAGCCAAGUGACCAUCUCCUGUGUUUAUCUGGUGACGGCUGUGGUGGGGGUGGAGGCCUGGUACUCACCAGCGUUUUUUAACAUCUUAUACCGAGACCUCUUCACUUCAAUUAUUGUUGGCUGUGCCCUGUGUGUGACACUCCCCAUGAGCCUUUACAACGUGUUCAGAGCCUAUGGAGACAACACCCUGAAACACGGGUCCCUGUACGAGUCCAUGCUCCCCAUUAUCUCUCCCGUGCUGCUCUUCAUCCUCACUACCCUCUGGAUUUUCGCUUCUCCUUCCAACAUCCUGGAGCAACACCCCCGGCUCUUCUACUUCAUGGUGGGAACCACCUUUGCCAACAUCACUUGUCAGCUGAUCGUGUGUCAGAUGAGCAACACCCGGUGUCAACCUCUCAGCUGGUUGCUCCUCCCCCUCACUAUGGCUGUGGGCGUGUCAGUCUCAGGAACCGCCCCUCAAUACGAGACCCUGACGCUGAUUAUCCUGAGUGUACUGGUCACUGUGGCUCAUAUUCAUUAUGGCGUCAAUGUUGUGAACCAGCUGAGCAAACACUUUAACAUUCUCCCCUUCUCGCUGAGAAAGCCCAAUACAGACUGAGUAGAGGAGGAGGAGGAGGAGAAGGCGUUGCAGGCUGCGGCAGUUCUCUAAUACAGACAGACCGGACCCGCCAGUGGGUGGAACUAACAUUGGACCCAGAACCCUUCAUAAGGGGCAACUACAAACCUCUCCUCGUGGCAACUGACAUAAACUAUGAAAAAGACCAAGUGACUGUUCCUGGUGCCGUUUUAUUUCCAACACCCCCCGACCCAUCUCUUUUAUUUGGGGUUUCUACCCGUGUGUCCCUGUUAAUGUUUAUAUAACACUUUAUAUGACACUUUAUAUAACAGCAGCUUUGGGAGGCGGAGCCCCCGACUGAUCCUGAUCCUGAGCUCUGGCUCCGCCUACACUACAUACGGCCAAUGACUGACUCCUCCCAGUUUUCUGGAGCACAUGGGGGUGAAACACGGAGCCGCAAGGUGUAAAGGACAUGACUCCGCCCCCUCACAAGUCUCUGUGUUUUAAUCAUGAGAUUAAUUAGAUUAUUUGUUUUUAUUUACAGAAAUCACCUCAUGUGGCGCCUGGACCUUGUCCCUCCCCAUUUAUUUAUUUCUACAUCUGGAAGUCGCUGCUGAGGGGGGGUCUCUGUGUCUGCUGCUAAUUUUGUUUUCUUUUCAUAUUUCUGUUGCUUCCCCCCCAGUUUAAUGGGGAGACGGAUUUUCAUGUCGAUUGUUUUUUGUGUUGCCGUCUAGAGUUUUUAUUACAAUAUUCCCCCCCCCCCGUGUAUCUGAAACCUCUUUAUUUACUACAGGGAACAGACUCAGAUAUUAUUAUUAUUAUUAUUAUUAACCCUCUAGUGAUCAGAUUCUCAUUAUGUGGGAGCUGCGCUUAUUGGGGGGAGGGAUCAGCUUCAGCCAAUGAAAAUUGACGACUCAAUUUAAAUCUGUACCCCCCCCCCCCGUUGCGAUGCAGGUCACACUGUGCUGAUCUAUUGAAUUUAACCUCUGAAAUGCCUGUGAGCCAGCGCUGUCCCUCACAGCCCCCCCCCUGUGUUCCUAGCUAAGUAUGUGACCCCCAAACAUCCCUUUAUUUCUAUAGGUUGGUGCCAGUGUGUGGCCCCCCAUGAUAGACCCAGUAUAGACUCAUAUUUAUUCAGUCCAACCCCCCCCCCUUGACUGUGCUGGGAGAAACCAAAAAGCCAGCGUUUCUAUUGGACGGAUUUGUUCAUCAUGAGACGUGUUUGAGGCCGUGAUUGGUCACUUCCAAGAAUGAAGAUCAGGCGCAGUCUGACCAAUAAAUUUCUACUUGUCA